AUGAAGCCCGUGGUGGGCCUGGGUCUGCUUCUGGCUGGUCUCUUGACUGUGAAAGGUCUUUCGCAGCACAACCUCUCUACGAAUAGUCAUGUGACUGCGAGCCAGGUUCGAGCAUGGAAAGAAAGACGGGCAGCCCAGGAGCUUGCAAGGCACAACACAGAUUUUGGCUUCAAGUUUUUCAAGAAGCUGGCCGCUAGCAGCCCUGACAAGAACAUCUUGUUUUCCCCCUUAAGCAUCUCCAUGGCCUUCUCCAUGCUGUCUUUAGGUGCUCAGGACUCCACUCUCGAGGAGAUUAAGGAGGGCUUCAAUUUCAAGGAGCUAUCGAAGAAGGAUCUUCAUGAGGGCUUCCAUUACCUCCUUCAGAGGCUGAACCAGCGGAGCCAGGAUGUCAGGUUGGACCUCGGUAACAUGCUGUUCAUGGACCAAAGGCUACAACCAUAUCAGAAAUUUCUGAGAGAUGUUAAGGAUCUGUACAAUGCAGACAUCAUUCCCGCUGACUUCCGGCAUUUAGAAGCUACUCAGAAGCAGAUCAAUGACUACGUUAGUCAGAAAACCCAUGGGAAAAUUAGCAACCUGAUCAAGAAUAUAGAUCCCGGCACUUUAAUGUUUCUUAUAAACUGUAUUUACUUUCGAGCCAGGUGGAAACAUGAGUUUGAUCCAAAACUAACCAAAGAAGAAGACUUUAUGCUGGACCAAAACAAGUCCGUGAAAGUGCCCCUGAUGUUUCACGGAGGCAUGUACCAUGUUGGUGAAGACGAACAGCUCUCCUGCACCGUCCUGGAAAUGCCCUACCAUGAAAACAUCACAGCCAUCUUCAUCCUUCCAGAUGAGGGCAAACUAGAGACAGUGGAGAAGGGCCUUACAACAAAAGCAAUGGCAAGAUGGAAGAAUGGAUCCACGUACAGAACUGUAAACGUGCACAUGCCCAAGAUGACCUUCACUGGUACCUACAAACUAAAGAAGGCACUUUCCCAUCUGGGUAUCUCCAAAAUCUUUGAGGGGCACGGCGACCUCACCAGAAUCUCCCCUUACCGCAGCCUGAAGGUGGGCGAGGCAGUCCACAAGGCGAAGCUGAAGAUGGACGAGAAAGGCACAGAGGGGGCCGCGGGCUCCGGAGCACAGACGCUACCCAUGGAGAAGCCGGCAGAGUUCAAGUUAAACAGACCCUUUCUGAUGAUGAUCUACGAUGAGACUACAGCUUCCACGCUCUUCUUGGGGAAGGUUGUCAACCCUAGAGGGACAUAG